CAGCCCUGUCCACAGCACAGUCACUAUGCUCACAUCACCUCCUAACCAUCCCAUUCUCAAUGACUCAGCAAGUUUAAGAUCAACUUGGGCUCAACGUGCAUGGGUAGCAUGUGGUUGCACCACGGUCCUAAUCUCUCUAGCAAAGGCAAUAAUAGGUGCAGCCGAAUCACACAUAUGGUUUCGCCCCAUUUUAGCAGCCUUGGCCGGCUAUAUUUUAGCUGACCUUGGGUCCGGAGUGUACUAUUGGGGUAUUUACAAUUAUGGUAGUACCUCAACUCCAAUUUUUGGUGCCCAAAUAGAUGGGUUUCAAGGUCACCAUAAGUGGCCAUGGCAAAUCACUAGGACACAAUUUGCAAACAAUUUUCACACCCUUGCUCGUGCUGUCACGUUCACAGUGCUACCAAUGGACCUUGCUAAUAAUAAUCCAAUAUUUCAUGCUUUUGUUGGUGUGUUCUCAGGUUGCAUUUUGUUUAGCCAGCACUUUCAUGUUUGGGCUCACACAACAAAGAGCCGGCUUCCACCACUGGUAAUUGCAUUGCAAGAUAUGGGAUUGCUUUUGUCAUGCCAAUAUGCUGAUCAUCAUAGGCCACCUUAUAACAAUAAUUAUUGCAUAGUGAGUGGGCUUUGGAAUAAGUUUUUGGAUAAGCAACAUGUUUUUAAGGCAUUGGAGACGAUUCUGUUCUUUAAGCUAGGGGUGAGACCUAGGUCCUGGAGUGAGCCCAAUUCUGGUUGGACCAAAGAGACUAAGGCUUAG